AUGGAGAAAUCGAAGAACUUUCGCAUUGACGCGCUGCUCGCUGUUGAUACUCCCAAAGUGCAGACGUCUCCUCUGGCGCUUGUGACCUCCCUGUCCUCCUCAUCUCCAUCCUCCUCCAUCACAGCCUCGGAGCUGACCACCACAAGCAGCAGCGGGGGUGAGUCUUUACGCACAGAGACGCCGUCUCCCCCGAGGAUUCCCACCUGCGGCUUGAUUCCCAAACCGGGGUUCCUCAACAGUGCGCAUAGCAUGGUUGGAUUACACCCCCAGAGCAGCGCAGGGAUCCCGGCUCAGGCUCUCUACGGCCACCCAAUGUAUACCUACUCCGCAGCGGCGAUGGCGGGCCAGCACCCCGCCCUGUCCUACUCGUCAUACCCGCACGGAGGAGCACACCACCACCACACCGGCGACCCCAUCAAACUGACGGCCAGCACCUUCCAGCUGGACCAUUGGCUGAGAGUUUCCACGGCUGGGAUGAUGCUGCCAAAAAUGUCAGAUUUUAACUCUCAGGCGCAGUCCAACCUGCUGGGCAAGUGCAGGAGACCCAGAACUGCAUUCACAAGCCAGCAGCUGCUGGAGCUGGAGCAUCAGUUCAAGCUCAAUAAAUAUCUGUCACGACCCAAGCGAUUUGAAGUGGCCACCUCACUCAUGCUGACCGAAACUCAGGUUAAAAUCUGGUUCCAAAAUCGCCGCAUGAAGUGGAAACGGAGCAAGAAGGCCAAAGAACAAGCUGCACAGGAGGCCGAGAAACAGAAGGGAAGCAAAAACGCUCAGGACAAACCGGACGCACUCGAGCAGUCGGACUAUCACAGCAAGACCAACGCUAAGAACGGCAGAAUACGAGAUUUCAGAGACAGUGACGACGACGAAGGAGAGAACUUCACCUACAACUCGUCAGACUGCUCCUCGGACGACGAGAGGAAUCACGCCAGUGACAUCAGCCCUCAGUCUUAG